CUUAAAUCGAGUUUUUGAUACCAGUACCCGUACUCUACUGACGGGGUGAAGUUUGUACUGUACUAGUAUGUAUGUACAUACGCUGGUAAUUCAUUGCUCACUCAACACCCCCCCCCUCCGUUCGGAAUUUUCCCACUCGAUUUCUUUCGCUCUUCGAACCUUCUCUCCGUCAAACAAUCUAUAAAUUUUGGUAGCAGACGGUCGGUCUUCCGCUUGGGAUCCGUCUCAACAUCCCAUGGAACUUCAGUAGGAUCCCCAAAGUGGGUGACAAGACUCCCGUAACGGCUGCCGCAAUCUUCGACCUUAUACCUCAGAACACCCACUCUACCCGACCUUCACUUUUACUGACGACGUGAACGAAUUUUCUUCUCCUUUCUCCUUCCCAAUAAUACUACCUACCCCCAAUCUCACUGGGACCCCAUAAUCAAUCGACCUGUCCUUGUCUAAUUCGAAUCCGGAGUGGACCAGUUCACCCAUGCCCACCGGUUCAAUGGACGCCCUAGGGGCCUUCACCCACCUUACCGAUAAUUUACCUCCGUGGAUCAAUCGUAUCUCUGACUUGGCCGCUCACACCGCUACCAAGCACGCCGAAUACGCCGAGGCUUACAAGAAGCUUGCGGUUGCAUCGGGAAAUCCACGUCGUCGCAAAAAUAGCUCCGUUUGCUCCAUACGGACCGGUGAGUUGCGAAAAGCCAUCACACAACCUCAGCCAAGCGCAGAUGGACCGACCCAGGAUCCCACCGAUGCACCCAAAUCCGCCUUGUCGCCGAACCCAUCGGCCCCCAAUCCUCGAAAGCGAGGAACGGACGAAGCCCCGUCUUUUGCGUCCGAAGAGAACCCCUUUGUGAGUACGCGUUACAACCUUGUAAUCCACUACGAUGGGGAUACCCAGAAGUCGCUGGAGGAAAUGGUCCGGCAUAUCGGGACUGCGAGGAAUAACAUCCGGAGAGGCCGGAUGUCGCAGAUGGGGGCUAUGGGAGGCGGCAUGCGUAGUGGCACCUUUAGCAGAAGCCCGAGGAUGAGCAGCGGGCCUCCCCUUGUUUCUUCCGGGGAUGGCCCGGAUGAUCAGCUGCUAUCUACCAUCCGUAGCACCCGGAACCGCGGACCUCCACCUCAAAGCAUGACGACGAAGGAAUCGCCGUUUGAUCGAGCGGAUAAGCAGCUAGAAUUGGCCCAUAGUUUGUGUGAGAAUGCGGCUUACCAGUUCCUCCGGGCGGGUGACUGCUCGACCGAAUUGCGUGGGGUGGAAGACAAGUUUAAGACCCUGCUCGAACUUGCGAAGGCCGAAGUGCAACGUCUCACGGAGGAGCGGGAAAAGGAGCGUGCUACUAAGGAGGCAGAGGCCCCGAAGGUCGAAUCCGUACAAUUGACCGUCAGUCCCACGGGCAACAAGUUACCGGCUUCGAGCGCUGGGGCGAUCGAGGUGGACGACGGUACGGAAUCCGAAGAAUCUAUCGACUUAUCUACCUUCCGCGCCCGACGAAUGAUGAGGGCAUAGCGUGAACUGUUACUCAUUGCACCGACUUACCAUUUAGGAACUCCCCUGGCUUAGAGCAGUAGAGUGUCACCUUCCGUGGGAGGUAAAGAGUAUAGCUUGCCUUUGAGCAGCUGUUUUGCUUGUUGAGUUGUUUUAGCGAUGAUACCUGACCACUCCGUUCAUUUUUAGUCUCACACUCUCACUCAUCAUUUAUUUUUUUUUU